AGCGAGGUGCAUGGCAGCUCCGUUUGAAAAUGAGACAUGCAGUAUCCCCAACCUCGCCACUAAGUAUAAGUGAUUACGAUGACGAAGAAAUACAACUUGACUUUGAUAAGAUUUACGAGGCAGAAAUCUGGAAUGGAAAGCUCAAGAACCGUGACAAAAACCCUCUUCUUUCUGAGGGAAGCAUGGAAACAACAAAGGCUCAGCGGAAACAAGAAAAUAUUGCCUUACCUGGAGAGGCAACCAGUCCUGGAAUUCCAGACAAAGAUGAUAUUUUUCCUGAGCUUUUGUGUGAUGCACUUGAAAUGGAGUUCAAGAGCGAGGAGACCUCUAAGGAGAUUCUGAACAAUUUUCUUAUUGACGUGGGCUCAGUAUCAGGGAAUAUUAGGAUUUAUCAAGAUCUAUUCAACACCUAG